UUUGCAAGUCUUCAGGAGAACGUUAGUUCCCACCGUUCAGCAGUGAUGAUUGGAAAUUCUUCACCACCACCUGACCAUGAAACAAUAUAUUUAGUUCAGUUUCAGUAAUUCAUCACCAGCUCUUGGAUCCGUUUUUGCUUUUCCACCAUGGACGGACGUGUAUUCUGGAAUCGGACCUCUCAAAUUCUUCUCAAUGAGUCUUGGGACAAUGAGUGCAAUGACCAUGAUCUGAUUUAUUAUAAUUUUGUCCAUCUAACAGAGACCACUAUUUUGCCUUCUCUCAUUGGCAUCCUCUGUUCAACGGGGCUUGUAGGAAAUAUUCUGGUCUUGGUGACUAUCCUAAGGAGCACAAAGAAGACCGUUCCAGACAUAUACAUCUGUAACCUGGCCGUGGCUGAUGUGGUCCACGUGACGGUCAUGCCCUUCCUGAUCCACCAGUGGGCGCGGGGGGGGCACUGGGUGUUUGGCAGCGCCCUCUGCACCAUCAUCACCUCCCUGGACAACUGCAAUCAGGUGGCCUGUGCAGCCGUCAUGACCGCUGUCAGCCUGGACAGGUACCUGGCGGUGGUGCACCCAUUCCGUCUGAUGACCCUCCGAACCCGCUCUAAGACAAUCUGGAUCAACCUGUUUGUGUGGGUGGUGUCAUUUGUCAUGGUCCUUCCCGCCUGGGUCCACUCCAAAGUGAUUCGCUUCCCUGACGGACUGGAGAGCUGCUCCAUGAACCUGGUCACUCCCAAAGAGGUGCUCUGGUACACCCUAUAUCAGACCAUCAUGUCUUUCUUUCUGCCCCUGCCCCUUAUCAUCACCUGUUACAUGCUGAUCCUGUGCUAUACCUGGAGGAUGUACCUGAAGAACAAAAGGGAACGGCGUGCUAACAACCAGUCCCGGGAGCGAGCCAUCCGCCUCACCAAGAUGGUUCUGGUCCUUGUGGCGGUUUUCCUGGUGAGCGUAGGGCCCUACCACAUGCUCCAGCUGGUCAACUUAACACUGCGGCGGCCCACGCUGGCCUACUACACCUGCUACUACCUGUCAGUGUGCCUCAGCUACGCCGCCAGCAGCAUUAACCCUUUCAUCUACAUCCUGCUCAGCGGACACUUCCGUCGCCGGCUCACUUACCGCAAGCCGCCCAGCAGGCCUGUUGUUGAGAGGGAGCCUAAUGGGCCCCAGGUGCGUACACCACACUCCAGCUUCUGACAGUCUUGUCCUCAAAGCAGGCACACACACACACACAUACACACGCGCACACAUGGGUGCAUGCACGCACACAAGCGCAUCCCCACACACGCGCGCACCUCCACACACACACACACACCACCACCACUACAGCCUGUCCCCAGCACACUGCGUGGGGCAUUACCUAUGGCAGGAGCAUUACCUUUUGAUCAAG